UCCUAGCACACACAUCCCACCUUAAAGUGACAACUUCAGCUUCAUCUUAGUAAAGACCCUGCUCUGCCCCCUGAUAUUCUGCACACCCCUGGAUUGUUUUCUUUUCUGUAACUUUGAAGUCAGACAACUCCAACCAAAGACCUAGAGGACAGCACAACUCUUCCUGAGGCACCUUCCAUCAUCCACUGCUCACAAGUAUCCUGAGAUCCUCUGCAACACUGGUCCAAAGCUCACACAGGCUCCAGCAGCAGCAGCAGCCAUGAGAAGCUGCAUCUCCUGCGCACACAUUGACUCAUCUUCCCAGGAAAUCUGAAGGACUUUAUCCACCUCCAGAGCAUCUUCAGCCCGGCUUGUCCCAAGAGCUGACAUUCGGUCCUGGUUACUGCUCCCAGCUCUCAACACAGGGGGGAGAGGGGAGACAGGCUGAGCUUUUAAACAAGUGCAGAUUAUUUUCUUCAGGUCUUGAAGUUCAGUCCAGAGGCGAAACGGCGACUACAGCCGAAUUCCUCCCUUUCAUUUGCCUCCCCAUGGAUAUGCAUUGCAAGGCAGACCCCUUCUCGGCCAUGCACCCAGGGCAUGGGGGUGUGAACCAGCUCGGGGGGGUAUUUGUGAAUGGCAGACCUUUACCUGAUGUGGUGAGGCAGAGGAUAGUGGAGCUGGCCCACCAAGGGGUGAGACCCUGCGACAUCUCUAGGCAGCUAAGGGUCAGCCAUGGCUGUGUCAGCAAGAUCCUGGGCAGGUAUUAUGAGACGGGCAGCAUCAAGCCAGGAGUAAUUGGUGGAUCGAAGCCUAAAGUAGCAACACCAAAAGUAGUAGAUAAAAUCGCAGAAUACAAAAGGCAAAACCCAACAAUGUUUGCCUGGGAGAUCCGGGACAGGCUGCUAGCAGAAGGCAUCUGUGACAAUGACACUGUGCCCAGUGUGUCCUCCAUUAACAGAAUUAUCAGGACAAAAGUACAACAACCAUUUCACCCAACGCCAGAUGGAUCUGGAACGCCUGUAAGCGCACCAGGACACACCAUCGUUCCCAGUACAGCAUCUCCUCCUGUCUCCAGCGCCUCCAAUGAUCCCGUAGGCUCUUAUUCCAUAAAUGGGAUCCUGGGUAUACCUCGUUCAAAUGGCGAAAAAAGGAAACGCGAUGAAGAUGGUUCUGAUGGUUCUGGUCCAAAUGGAGAUUCUCAGAGCAGCGUAGAGAGCUUACGGAAACACCUACGUGCAGACAACUUCACCCAGCAACAGUUGGAAGCCUUAGAUCGAGUAUUUGAACGCCCAUCAUAUUCCGAUGUCUUUCAGACUUCAGAACACAUCAAAUCGGAACAGGCAAAUGAAUACUCCCUUCCAGCACUAACCCCUGGUCUGGAUGAAGUCAAAUCUAGUUUAACAGCCUCUGGCAAUGCAGACUUAGGAAGCAAUGUUUCAGGACCUCAGAGCUAUCCAGUGGUAACUGAGAGUUACUCCUCUCACCUCUAUGUAAAGCAAGAGCCUCAUGAAGCUUCCCUUACUCCCUUCACUCCCUCUACACUGGCCAGCUCGGGGCUGGCUGAUCUUCAGCCUUUUCAGAUGGCCCUCACCGUUGAUGCUUCCACACCUACGUACAGCUCCUUCACCCACCAUGGCCCUCCCUACGGGCAGUUCGGCAGCCAGCCACUCAUAGCAGGUCGAGACAUGACAAGUACCACCCUGCCUGGUUACCCUCCGCACGUUCCCCCGACAGGACAAGGAAGCUACCCAACCUCAACACUGGCCGGAAUGGUACCUGGCACCAACGUUUCGGUCCACCAUUCGGUCCAACCUGUGGAGUGCUGUUCAUGUCUAUCCAGCUCUAAACCUUGUCUGUUUCACUGCAGAACUGGGAGUGGAAGUGAAUUUUCAGGAAAUCCCUACAGCCAUCCUCAGUACACAACAUACAAUGAAGCAUGGAGGUUUAGCAAUCCAGCAUUACUAAGUUCCCCUUAUUAUUAUAGUGCCACAUCCAGGGGCUCCGCACCUCCCACUGCUGCCACUGCCUAUGACCGCCACUAGUUACCAUGGAAACCAUAUGAAACUACAGGGCGAGAACUUAGGCCUCCAUAUUGUACCUGUGUGAACAUCAUCUUCUUGGGAAGAAGACUGUCUCAUGCCAUGCCUCCUACAAUCAUUCUCCUACAACUGCUGACUGUUCAGUUGCAAGGGACUGAACUCUUGUCUACCACCCAACUCUAUGUUGUUACUUUAUCCACAUACCUGACACUGGAACUCUUUUGUUGCAAAUAAAAGGCCUGAAAAUUAAUUUAUACAGUGGACUUUUGGACCUUAAGGCAGCAACAUUUAUCGUAUUAGCCAGUGUUACAAUGCUCAAAACAGCAAUGCAAAGAAUCAAGACGUUUUUGUAGAA